AUGUCUCUUCCACCUGCGCUUCAGGAGCUCGCGAACGAGCUGAACAAGCAAAAGCAGGACUUGCAACAAACCGUGGGCGAACGCCAAAGACUGGAAACCCAACUGCAGGAAUCGAAGAUCGUCAAACUCGAGUUCGACCAGCUCGACGACGAGGCCAAGAUUUUCAAGAUGAUUGGCCCCGUGUUAGUGCCCCAAGACAAAGCUGAGGCCGACUCAAAUGUUUCCAAACGCAUGGACUUCAUUCAAAAGCAGAUCGCUUCGGUUGAAGACCGCAUCAAAACCUUACAAACAAGCCUCCAAGAAAAGCAGGCGGAGCUCCAGCUCAAAGCACAGGAACUACAACAGCAAAUGCAGCAACAACAGCAGGCGGCAUCAUCAUAA